GCUGGCGGCAGCGGCGACGGCGGAGGCUGGCGGCGGGGAGGGGGCGGGGAUUGAAGAUUCUGAGGUGCGGAAUUCUGGAGUUUCUGGAUUCUUUAUCCCGUGUGUGCAGGGCUGCAGGAGGUCUUCUUGCGGUGUUUCGCAGCGGCCGCGGCGGGCGGUUCGGCGGUCGUCGUGGCGCGGAGGUCAGGAGGAUUGGAAUCAUCCAAGAGGGAAGGAGUCAUAGAGCAAAAUCAUACUUGUACAUUAAAUUUUCUGAAGCAAAGGCAGCUACUGAGAGGCACUACAGUGAGUGCAUUUGCAGUGCUUGCACCCACUUACAAUACUGACAGACAAAAAUUAAGAAAGUUAGCCUGAGUUUUGUGAAAAAACGAAAAGACAAGGUUUUUCCAGUUUGCAUAAUAUUUUCCUCAUGGAUGUUUUUCAUAGCAUUAUUAUGUGAUGUGAGAAAGUUUUUUUUUUUUUUGAAAUAAACAUGGAUUUUAUACUACAGAAUCAAGAAAAUUGGCAUUAUACGAAAAAUUAAUAUAUAAAAGGUGGUACAGGUUUUUAUAGAUAACCAUGACAACAUCCUAUAUGAAUGGGCAUGUUACAGAGGAAUCAGACAGCGAAGUAAAAAAUGUUGGUCUUGCAUCACCAGAGGAACCUUGGAAGCACCGAGAGAUGGCUGUCGACUGCCCCGGAGAUCUGGGCACCAGGAUGAUGCCGGUGCGACGCAGUGCACAGUUGGAGCGUAUCCGACAGCAGCAGGAGGACAUGAGGCGUAGGCGAGAAGAAGAAGGGAAAAAGCAAGAGCUUGACCUUAAUUCCUCCAUGAGACUUAAGAAACUAGCCCAAAUUCCUCCUAAGACUGGAAUAGAUAACCCCAUAUUUGAUACAGAAGAAGGCAUUGUCUUAGAAAGUCCUCAUUAUGCUGUGAAAAUAUUAGAAGUGGAAGACUUAUUUUCUUCACUUAAACAUAUCCAACAUACUUUGGUAGAUUCUCAGAGCCAGGAAGAUAUUUCACUGCUUUUACAACUUGUACAAAAUAAAGAUUUCCAGAAUGCAUUUAAGAUUCACAAUGCUGUCACAGUGCACAUGAACAAGGCCAGUCCUCCUUUUCCUCUUCUUGCCAACGCCCAAGAUCUUGCACAAGAGGUACAAACUGUUUUGAAACCAGCCUAUCAGAAAGAAGGACAGGAAUUAACUGCUUUGCUGAAUGCUCCACAUAUUCAGGCACUUUUACUGGCCCAUGAUAAAGUUGCUGAGCAGGAAAUGCAGCUAGAGCCCAUUGCAGAUGAGAGAGUUUAUGAAAGCAUUGGCCAUUAUGGAGGAGAAACUGUAAAAAUAGUUCGUAUAGAAAAGGCUCGUGAUAUUCCAUUGGGUGCCACAGUUCGUAAUGAAAUGGAUUCUGUCAUCAUUAGCCGAAUAGUAAAAGGAGGAGCUGCAGAGAAAAGUGGUCUCUUACAUGAAGGAGAUGAAGUUCUGGAGAUCAAUGGCAUUGAAAUCCGGGGGAAAGAUGUCAAUGAGGUUUUUGAUUUGUUGUCUGAUAUGCAUGGAACUUUGACAUUUGUUCUGAUUCCUAGUCAACAGAUAAAGCCUCCUCCUGCCAAGGAAACUGUAAUCCAUGUUAAAGCUCAUUUUGACUAUGAUCCUUCAGAUGACCCUUAUGUUCCAUGUCGAGAGUUAGGUCUGUCCUUUCAGAAAGGGGAUAUACUUCAUGUGAUCAGUCAAGAAGACCCAAACUGGUGGCAGGCCUACAGGGAGGGGGAUGAAGAUAAUCAGCCCCUUGCUGGGCUGGUUCCAGGGAAGAGCUUCCAGCAGCAAAGGGAAGCCAUGAAGCAAACUAUAGAAGAAGAUAAGGAGCCAGAAAAAUCAGGAAAAUUAUGGUGUGCAAAGAAGAAUAAAAAGAAAAGGAAAAAGGUUUUAUAUAAUGCUAAUAAAAAUGAUGAUUAUGACAAUGAAGAGAUCCUAACUUAUGAGGAAAUGUCCCUUUAUCAUCAGCCAGCAAAUAGAAAAAGACCAAUAAUCUUGAUUGGGCCGCAGAAUUGUGGCCAGAAUGAAUUGCGCCAGAGGCUCAUGAAUAAAGAGAAGGAGCGCUUCGCAUCUGCAGUUCCUCAUACCACUCGGAGUAGGCGAGACCAUGAAGUAGCUGGUAGAGAUUACCACUUUGUUUCACGGCAAGCAUUUGAGGCCGAUAUAGCAGCUGGAAAGUUUAUUGAACAUGGAGAAUUUGAGAAAAAUUUGUAUGGAACCAGUAUAGACUCUGUACGGCAAGUGAUCAACUCAGGCAAAAUAUGUCUUUUAAGUCUUCGUACACAGUCUUUGAAAACCCUCCGGAAUUCAGAUUUGAAACCAUAUAUUAUCUUCAUUGCACCCCCUUCCCAAGAAAGACUUCGGGCCUUACUGGCCAAAGAGGGCAAGAAUCCAAAGCCUGAAGAGUUAAGAGAAAUCAUCGAGAAGACUAGAGAGAUGGAACAGAACAAUGGCCACUACUUCGAUACGGCCAUUGUGAAUUCAGAUCUUGAUAAAGCCUAUCAGGAAUUGCUUCGAUUAAUUAACAAACUUGACACAGAACCUCAGUGGGUGCCAUCCACCUGGCUGAGGUGAAGGAACAGCCAUGCGGUGGCUGGAGCAGACUUGUUUUGGCAAACUGCCAUAGGAAAGCAGCUGAGGCUUCAGUGAGGUGGAGGGCAGGAAGGAGGGCAGUGGAGUGGGGUGCAGACUGCUUAGAUCUCUUGAACUUGUGAGAAGAAAGUCUCAUGAGCAGUUGUGGGCGUUCUUCAUGCUCCACACAUGGCUUUAGGGACUCUUGCCUCCUUUAGGGAUUUAAAAUGGAAACUUUCAACAGACAGGGCCCAUUUUAUCCUGCUAAAACUUUAUUAAUCAGCUAAAUCUUUUGUUUGAUCAUACUCCUGUGAAAAAGUCGUAUGUACAUACACAGUACUCCGUGGCUUACAUAGAUUGACAUUAUUUAACACUUUAACUUAAAUGACUCCAUGGGAAUACGGGGGGGCUGUGCUUCUGUGCACUGGGCAAAAUAGUGUUUGAGUAGGAGACUAGGUUAGCCAUCAAAAGGACUUCCUGGAGAAAGACAACAGAUGUUGUCACUUUGGUUUGGAGCUACUUGAUAAGGCUUCAAUUCAUGUGUAUGCCUUCUAACUCAGAAUCAAGCAGAAGUUCCAUUAGCAGUCUCAGGUUUUUUUGAGCUCUAACUUUGUGAAUCAGACCACCACUCAGCAGACUCCAGUGUAGUAAAUGUGUACAAAAUAUCCUAAACUUUGUGAGAUGUUUGCAAGUGAUUUGAUAGCCUUGCUUCCUUUUUCUGAUCUGAAUACUACAAUGGAACAUAGAAGGUACCUGGAUUCUUCAUGAUGCAGAUAGAUUUUUACAUGCGUGGCAGGACAUAGCACAUCUGACAGUUUUUGCAUUUUUACAUGUGACCACAGUAUUUAUAACUACUACACAGGUGAGUAACUGGAAUUCUGUUGAACAUAGCUGCUGUAUUGUGUACUAAUAUUUAAUAUAUCAACAAAUGGUCAUUGAUUCAACAUUGGAAUGAAAUUACACACACACAUACACACACACACUCUAGGGGAAUAGUAUGACAACUGACUUUUUGAGAGCUGAAGGAAAGCUCUUAAAGUCAUUUGAACAUUUUAGGAAAAGAAAUUGGAGACAAAAGUUAUUAAGUAUAUAAAAAUAGGUUUUUCUCCUAACAAGAUCUGCUUUAUGACUAGAAUGCAAUAGCUUGUUAAAAUAUGGUUUUUGUACUGUCUCUAUAACCAUAGCUUUAAAUUUGUAAUUGGCAUGGAAAAUCAAUUUGUAGUCUUUUCAGGCCUUUAAGGACAGUGGGAUUUGUGACGAACAACCUCAAAUGUGAAUGCCUUUAUUUUUAUGACUUUAGCUACAUUUCCUCUAACCAAAGCUAAACACUGGAAUAGUACUGACUUAUCAUGUAAUUUAACACAAGCAAUUGUUAUUUAAUGAGUAGUGUGUCUGGUAUCAUGUAUAUAGUUGAUUUUUUUCUCUUCUACAGAAUUUUAUUGAAACAAAUGUAGUUUGCGUUUGUUGCCUUUUCUGUUCAAGUUUGCAUGGCCUCUUUAUUUGACCGGGCAGUGUGUCUUAUUUGGAAGUAUUUUCAAGGUAAUGUUCUCUAGAAACAUUUACGGGUGGAGGAAAGGAAUGCUGUGCCUACCCUCUCCUCAAGUCUGAAACACUCCAGCCUGCAGCAGAAGAAAUAUAAGGACUGAACCCAUUUUUAGCCUUGAAAACCAAGGAGUAUACUUAGCACUUAAUCUUUCCAGUUUUCUGCAGUUUACUUUCUCAGCAAUGAAAAGUAGUCUGUGGCUGACAGCGGAGUUUUGUGAAUUGCAUCUUGUAACUAUUUUCAAUACUUACACUUUCUGUUAGGUUCACGCAAGGUUUUCAUGUGAGUGGCUAUUGUGCCACCUGCUAACUUAGGACCACCGGUAGGGCUGUGUCCUAUGAAGACAGGCACAUGGCUUUCAUGGACAAAUCCUACACUUCUAGGAACUGUAAGGUCAUGACACCUGGUAGCCUUCUUCAGCGGUGGAAGGAUAGAAAUGUUUAUGUGUCAGUUUGUAAAUCCUACUGAUACAAAUGUGCUUAUGUUCAACACAGCCCCUAAAGAAAGUGAAAGUGCAAGCUGUGUUGAUGUCCAAAUAUGGGGGGGGGG